GCUUUCUAAAGGGGUCCGGACGUCGCGGGCAGGUUACCCGCCAGCUGCAGGAACCCUGCUUGGGACUUGCUAAUAGCGGGUCUUUGGGUCAUAGAAUACCGAAACUACCAGGAUUCUGGGAAAUUAUCUUCCGCAACCCCUUUCUAGAGCCGUGGGGAAAUCGAGGUCCAAGAAGCGGUAGGGGUUGCCUAAGGUCAUCCAGUGAGUUAGUCGCAGCCCUGCGACUAGAAUCCAAGUCUACCUGAGCUCCAGUGGCUUUUUGCUUUUCACCACACUGCCUCCUGCAGAAAACUUGACAGUUACCAUGUCCACGCAGAGACUUCGGAACGAGGACUACCGUGACUACAGCUCCACCGACGUGAGCCCGGAGGAGAGUCCGUCCGAAGGCCUGAACAACUUCUCUUCCUCGGGAUCCUACCAGCGGUUCGGGGAAAGCAACGGCACAACAUGGUUCCAGACCCUGAUCCACCUAUUAAAAAGCAACAUUGGCACAGGACUCCUGGGGCUGCCUCUGGCCGUGAGAAAUGCAGGCAUCUUGAUGGGUCCCCUCAGCCUGCUGGUGAUAGGCCUCGUGGCUGUGCACUGCAUGGGUAUCCUGGUGAAGUGCGCUCACCACUUCUGCCACAGACUGAACAAGCCCUUUGUGGACUAUGGGGAUACGGUGAUGUACGGCCUGGAAGCCAGCCCCAUCUCCUGGCUCCGGAACAACGCCCGCUGGGGAAGGCACACUGUGGACUUCUUCCUAAUCGUCACGCAGCUGGGAUUCUGCUGUGUCUAUUUUGUCUUUCUGGCUGACAACUUCAAACAGGUGAUAGAAGCAGCCAAUGGGACCACCACCAACUGCCACAACAACGAGACGGUGAUCCUCAUGCCCACCAUGGACUCGAGACUCUACAUGCUCGCCUUCCUGCCCUUCCUGGUGCUUCUGGUGUUCGUCAGAAACCUCCGAGCCCUGUCCAUCUUCUCCCUGUUGGCCAACAUCACCAUGGUGGUCAGCCUAGUUAUGAUCUACCAGUUCAUUGUUCAGGAUAUCCCAGACCCCAGUUUACUCCCCUUGGUGGCAUCCUGGCAGACCUACCCUCUGUUCUUUGGCACGGCCGUUUUUGCAUUUGAAGGCAUCGGGAUGGUUCUGCCCCUUGAAAACAAAAUGAAGGAUCCCCGGAAGUUUUCGUUCAUCCUCUAUGGGGGAAUGGCUAUCAUCACUGUCCUCUACAUCAGCCUGGGGAGUCUGGGAUACCUGCAAUUUGGAGCUAAGAUCCAAGGGAGCAUAACCCUCAACCUGCCCAACUGUUGGCUGUACCAGUCAGUUAAGCUGCUCUAUUCCAUCGGCAUCUUCUUCACCUACGCCCUCCAGUUCUACGUCCCGGCCGAGAUCAUCAUCCCCUUCUUCGUGGCCCGUGUGCCUGAGCAUUGGAAGCUGGUGGUAGACCUAUCCAUGCGCACCAUGCUGGUCUGCCUGACGUGCGUCUUGGCCAUCCUCAUCCCCCGCCUGGACCUGGUCAUCUCCCUGGUGGGCUCCGUGAGCAGCAGUGCCCUGGCCCUCAUCAUCCCGCCCCUCCUGGAGAUCGCCACCUACCACUCAGAGGGCAUGAGCCCCGUCACCAUCGUCAAGGACGCCCUGAUCAGCCUCCUGGGCUUCGUGGGCUUUGUGGUGGGGACGUAUGUGACCCUCUACGAGCUGAUCCAGCCCAGCAGCACUCCCGUCUUCGUCAACUCCACCAGUGCCUUUGUAUAGCGGGCUGGGUGCGUUCCCUGCACCGGCCCACUCCGCCCUGUAUGUUCCCCAGCACCUGGCCCCAGAGCCUCAGGUAGGGUCCAGGCUCUGGGUAAAGGCAAGGUUGCCAUCCACGUACCCUUAACUGGCACCUGGGUUCCCUGAGCCAGGUAGGGAUGAGGGCAAGGUAGAGGGUGGGCAGCAGAUAUGCAGGAGGUACCUCUAGGGGCAGUGCCAUCUCUGUUCAUUUGUACUUAUUUUAACCCGGAACUUUUCAACUCUUUUCCCUGAUCACGCCUCCUCCCUUACUGCCUGCCCUUCUCCUUCUGACCCACCUCAUCCAAAUUAUUCCUGUUGCACAGCUCACUUUAUUUCAAAAUUUUAGUGUCUCUCACCUCAUGUUUUCUCCUUGCCCGGGCCAGGCCUAGAUGAAGUCAGUGGGAAUGCCCUUCUUUAUGCCCUUGCCGGGCCCAUCUCUUAUCUCUCUCCCAAAUAUUUUACCUCAAUAUUCUCCUACCUGUUCAAGUCUACACCUCGUAGUGGAGCCUACCUAGUAGUUUAAAACCAGCUGCCCAAAGCUGGAGUUUUUAGCCUUCACUGUCUCUGGUGUGCUGUCAUCCUCGGCGACACCUCCUCUUCUCCGGUUUCCUCGUGUGGGUCACGGUACUGUUAUUAUCUUAGUUGCUGGAACUCCUGGAAGGUAUCAAGUGCUGCCAAAAUUGAAAAUAUUUAUCUUUUAUUUAAAAUCAGCCUUUGUUUUUAGACUCCGUCUCUGGAUCUGGGACUAUUGUGAAUCGUUCCUUCUUCAGUAAACGCUUACUCAGCUUCUCCCGCUGAGGAGAAGCUUAGUGCAGGAGAUGUCUGCUUAGACCCUCAGCACCCUUGGCCCAGGACCCCAGAGAUUUUCAUCAGGAUCAUCAGAGUGUGGACCUUUGUGGGGCACCAUGGGCUUUGCCUCCCGUUGACCAGCCAGAUUUCCUACUGAGAAGACAUGUAGGACUCAGGAGAUGUUUGCCGGCGCACAAGGCCGAGGGGAAGGAUGGCCACGUGGGGUGUUUCUCUCCAUAGGAGCCUUAGAAAAUGGCUGCUUUGUGCAUUCAGGCCUGUUUCCCAGCCUCAGCCCCUGACAGACAAGUGGCACGGCAGCGUCCAGGAAGACACCCAGACUCUUGCCAUGGACAAGAAGACGAGGCCGGUGUGCCCAGAGCGUGUGAAAUUCAGUCCCUAGAGUUUGCAGCAGCUGGUCCGACACUACGAGUGGUGCUCAGUUGUUUACAAUCCCCGGAGGAUGAGGAGGAUGGGCAGAAACAGUGCCCCGCCCCAAGCUGCCUCCAGGACCUGGACUUCUAAAGGAACCACUUGGUUGGGACUUCAGUCUCCUGUGUUCUAAACACUAAUCGUGCCCUUGUCCCCCCGCCACCCCCGCAUGCCUCCCUCGGUAUCAGAAAAGAAACAGCCUCAGGGCUGACUCACCUCAAGGUCGGCCUUCAGGUUUGGGAACAAACUGCCAAGAAGGCAGAGGAAGGUCCCUUGCCUUGCUUUUGGCUGCCCCGUCUUCCCUCUUGGUGUGAGAGGUAUUGCAGAAGGGUGUUCAUUGACUCUCCAUCUCUUGAGCUCUGUGUGUGUGUGUGUGUGUGUGUGUGUGUGCGCGCUCCCCUGCAUAUAUAACAGGGUUCUGCUGUCCUCCACCCCUGCUACCAGGCUCCUACCUGAAAGUGGGGAGAACAGCACCACUUUAUCAGGGGUUUUGUUUUUGUAUUUCACCAAAGCUCCUAGGGGCUGUGACUCGCCCUCACAGCCCCAGCUUUUUCUUUCUCUUCUGUUCCAAAGCCAGAUUCUCUCAUUGCAGUGACUCCUGACCUACCUAAUAAUUUAUUCACUUAGGAAGAUGCAGUCAGUGGUGAUUUGGUCUCCCUUAGGAAAAUGACACUUUCCGCCAUCCUUUCUGCUCUUCGGUGGUCACUCACAGGUGCUUACAUGACCAGGGUUCUAGCUGGAGGUGGCAGCAGCCCUGCCCGCUGAAGGCUUUCCCUGCCCUCGGGCUUUCUAAGUAUCUUCUAGUACCAAAGUGUAACUUCAAGAACUGUCAGCUCCUGUUUGCAAGCCCCGGUUCCAGCAGUCUUUCCAGAGCGGUCCUGAGAGUUGUUUUCAGCGAGAAGGUGCAGGCCAGUAGAAGGGGAUCAGAUGUGUAUCCCACCCACAGCUUCCACGGCAGAGGCUCUGGGCACUGCUAGAGGCAGUCCUCUCCAGGUGGGUCUUGAGACCCGGCCAGUGAUGCUGGGACCUGAGGACCGGAUGGCACAAUACUGAGGUCCUCUGGCCCCAGGUCUCUUGCUUCAGGGCCCCUGCCCAGGGAAGGUGGUGCAUAGGAGAGACAGGUCUAGCCUUGGGGCUUCGGGAAGCUAGUUUGGCCUGGCCUUCGUCCUGUUCAAUUGCUUUCCCGUGCUUUUGCUGCUUUGACAGCCCGAUUGCAUGGCUGCUUCAGGAGACCUAGGCAAGGCGGACCCCAUGGGGACCUUCCCGCUUGUGCAGUUGCACAGCAAUGAGGUGUCGAGUAAAGGGUCGGCCAGAGGUCGUAGUGGCGGAAGCCCUUCCUCUUCUGGAAGCAGCCCGCGGGGCCAGCUCAGGGAAGCUUACUCCUCUGCUGCCCACAGGGCUUCUCAGUCAGGGAGCCCUCCCUGCUUUCCUCCCAGUGCUCUCAGGGACCAGCUGCCCAGCCUCUUCCUGGGCCCUGCUUUAGUCUCUGGUGAGAAAGCCCCAGCAUCAGUAAGAGACUGAUCAGGGAGCAACAGAGCAAAGGCUUUCAGGAGUGUGAGACCACAUCUGCCAGACCAAACCAAACCGUGGGGCUUUCGGGCCCGGCCCAGUGCUGUUCGGCUCUGUGUCCUUCUCCAGUCUCCCCAGGGCAACCCCAGGUUCCAUCAGCCCAGAGGUAGCUUCUCAGAGCCCCUUGUUCUGUCCUGCAAAUGCCACUAUUGGGAGCAGGUUUCCAGCUCCCUGUAGGCAGUAUACCUCUCCGUAAAUGUAGGUUCUUGCUGGGAACAGCAUGACCUGGCAUCUACUAUUCACUUUCUCCUAGAAGUUGUACCAUUCACCAGUGGCAUUAUUUAUAUUUAUGUUGUGCUGUCGUCCAGCUGCUAGGAGCCCUUCAUCUGCACAGACCCUGGCCAGAGAUAUGUGACUGUGUGGCAUGUCUUAGCCUAGAACCUGCCGCUUACACCCUCCUUCUCUGUCACUCACCUCUCCAGCCAAAUUCACGGGCUGAUGCUCACCAUUCACUCUCUAGCCCCAGGCAAGCAGGUACAUUAGGAAAACCUUUUCCCCCUCCCUGUUCUCCUGUCUCUCUUUUUUCUAAAAAUCUCUCCCUUCCUCAAUUGUAGGACGUCAUCUCUGUUUAAUACUACAUGUUCACCUCAUGCUUUUUGGAAGUGCAGAAUCUCAAUUUAUGUUUGUUUACAGCUCCCUCUAUUCACUACUCACCACAAGGGGUCUGUAUCAGUUUACUUCAUGGCCGAUUGGAUGUUAAGGCGAGACCCGGCAUCGGCCCCGGUCAGAACACAAAGCUGCUUUGUCACAGUGGAAAUAAAAAAUGCAGGUGGCAUGACUUGGUGUACAGGAGUCGGCUCGAAAUCUGCCUUAGAAUUAAAUUUUUCAAAGUACGUUACACGUCUCCAAGGGGAAAAGAGAGUGGUUUGUCUUUGAAAUCACGGUCAAUACUUUUAGGCAGUCCUGCUGGUUGCAAGGCUGUUUGCUCUCACAGCAUCUGCCUGUGGCAUUUCUUCCCUGUCCUUGUACCACUGGGUCCUUUCCUGGCCAGGAGACAUAAAUGGUGCUGAUCUAAGGUUGCCAGAGUUGCAGUGGGGAGUGAGGGUGAGGGUGCCUGUUGUCAGCUGUGUUCUUUUGUUUCAAUCAAGGUGGUGCUGUAGAAGUGAUUUUGUUUUACUGAACAAUAAAAUUAUGUGGCUCUGUUGUAGAACAUGUCAGUGGAUGUGUGAAUAAGAGGAAUAUGAAAAACUACUGUCCAGCAGGUCUUAAUAACAAGACAGUCCUGUAUAUGUUAUGUGCUUGCGUUGGAUGUGUGUUUUCCUCAUGGUAUGUAUAGAGAUGUGGAGCAUGCUGGAGCUCAUGGAAGAUCUUAUUUUGGGUUCUGCACACGGAUCAUGUGUUAAACUUUUCCUUAAUAAAUGAAUUUUAUUUUUGAUUUUUGA